ACAGUCCACAAUUCACGAUCCAUUUUUACACAGUACAACACAUUAUACUACUGUCUAAGCAGCAUUUUUCACCCGCAAUUGAAAAUAUUAUUGAGUGCAAAAGCUCGUAUUCUCCCAUCGUGUUAUUCAGUUCUUCUUACAAAUUAAACUACAGAGUAUGUUAAUAAAUUGGCAGUUUGGCAUAUAAGUACAUUGCUUCAAUAAGACCCAAAAUAAUAUUAAACAGUUAGAACUAGCUAACAUUAUUAUUGUGUGCGGUAAUUCACGCACAGUAUCCAAAUACACAGGAAACUGUACGUAGCACUUAUUUUUUAUGUUUUCACAAUGUAGUAGUAUAAAUCGAAAAUCAGAAUUUAACUAGUGAGAGCUCGUGGCCAAAUAUACCUUCAAAGUUUCGAAACCUUCAAAGUUGCUGCACAGGAGUUACGUAAAUAUAUGAUUACCAUAUUUCGAUCUUUUGAAAAGUGGUAAAAUUAAUGUAAAAUUUUGUAAUAUAAUCUUUGUACGACUAAUUAUAGGCAUAAAUGCCCCUACGGUCUUUAUUAAUCGAUGUUAUUUUUGUACAAUAAUUAACAAUAAUUUUUUUGCGGAUAGCCGAUUGCUACAAUUUAAAAAUUACUAAGUAAUGUACUUACAGCAGCCAUACUACUUACAGUUAUAUUGCUGUACGCGCGCAUGCUUUGUCAUGACGAGUUUAAAAUUUUUGAAAUGCAUUGCCUGCAGCGGUCAGUUUACAGCCCAGGCAUGCGACUUUGAGUAACAAACACAGUUGUAAUCACAAAAGCACUUCGAUACAAAAAUUGUAUUGUUUCAUACCAUUUAGUGUCAUAUUGCAACACAUAUACUAGUGACCCCAUAAUUUAGUGACUGGAAAAGCGCCUUCAGGCUAUUUAGUUAACUUCGACUGCAAAAAUUUGUAACAAGUUAUAGCAACUUUUUAGCUCUUCUUAUAGUGCAAUUUCAGUAAUGUAAAAUUUAGUCCAUGACUUACAGUUAACAUUGUAAAAUAAUGCUCUGAUUAACGUAAGUACUUUCAUGCAGUACUUCGAAGUAUACGUAUUUGCGCUUGCACGGUCAAAUAUGUCACAGCAACUUACCAACGAAAAACUUCCCGCAAAGUGCCAACAGAGUAACGGAAAUAAACCGCAUGCGAAAACUGGCUGGUAUUUACGGGAUACCAUUCUGAAUCGAUAUGAAGAGAACAAAACCGAUCCUCCGGAAUAUUUAACCGAUGAGCAAAUUUAUUUGGAAACGGAAAACAUCUUGUCGUGGAUUGACCUAGGCAGUAAAGAUGACCCGGUGGAAUGGGAAAAACGAGCCAGAGCCGUUCGCAAUAUGCCGCUUUCUAAACAUGUGGAAUGCGACAUCAGUAAAGAAAAGGAUGAACAAGCGGUCCACGAAAAGGCUGAUAAAUUCUUUAAUCAUCAUUUCCACGUGGGAGAAGUAAUGCGAGUCGUGACAGAAGGAAGUGGCUACUAUGAUGUUAUGGAUUUGAACGGACGUUGGAUUCGUCGCCCCAUAAGCAAAGGCGAUGUUUAUGUCAUUCCAUCGGGUUGCUACCACCGAGUCUGCCUGGAUACAAAGAAACACCUGAAUGUAGUCAUGAUGCAUUACGAUAAAAAGUCAACUGAUCAAUUUUUUUGGCCCGAGUCCCUAAAUGAUCCGGUAUACAUUGAGUACAAUGAACGGAUGAAAUGUCUGCGCCGUUCGUUAAGUUUCCCGUACCAAUCGCGACCGGGAUUCACAGAUUGUGUCAAGUCUUUAAACCGUCCGUGAAAACAGUGUGCUUAAGAAGUUGUAACUUUUAUACCGCAAGUCUGCAAGACUUAAUACAAUGGGCAAUCUCACCUUUACUUUGCUGCUUAUCCUACAACAAUUCCGGCAUGGGAAAUAUUAAAUAGGUGUAUGACAGGAAAUAUGUGUAUUCUUUUUAAACAAUAAAAAACUAAACGAAGGACACGUGUACAUACAG